AACUACCCUGUCGCGAACUACCCCUCUGGCAGAACUUGUUUCUGGAUCAUUACUGCAUCUCCUGGAAAACGUGUAAAGGUACAAAUCACAGAUUUUCAGAUGGGCCGAUGCGAUGAUUGCAGCUCUAAUUUUUGUAGCCGCUUGGAGUUCUACGAUGGUCCUACGGCAAAUUCGUCGUCCUUGGGUCGUCUGUGCACCAACUCGGAGCUCACAGCAAAGAUCUCAAGUGGUAACCAAAUGUUUGUUAAAUUCUAUUCGUCGUUCUCACCCGAUAGAGGUUUCCUAGCAGAGUACUCCGAAUCUCAUGAACCGCCUUCACCAACAUCAACG